GGCGCGUUGAGGUAAGUUUGCCAGACGUUUGCCUACCGCAAAAGACACAUACACACGCAACAGUCAGGCUUCUGGGUAGUUGGCGAACCUCGCACGCUGCGCCCUGUUGCCAACGCUCUCGAUUGAGCAGCCGUUUUAAGGCGAAGUGGCAAGAGGGCGUUGUUCCGGACUUGCUGACCCUCGAGAAGACUAAAGUUUCACUUUCGCAUACUGGGAAGGUUUUAAAUGUAGCUGCGCAUUUGCGCGGACGGAACUCCGACGCAGUCGCAGAGACUCUGAGAGAAGGGAACCGGCUCGCUGGAGGUGGCACUUUCCAGAAAGGUGUCUGUACGCGAAUGCAGGACCGCUUAUGCAAGACGUGCACCGCACGCGCCCAAGAGACAGAUGGAUGUGUGUGCAUGGCAGCACAUCUGCAUGCAGAGGGGCGACAUGAAGUGGCACGGUUUGAAGACAUCGGAAACCCGAGAAGGCGCAAUGCGUUUCGGUCUUUUCUCUUGUCUUGCAUUUUCAUGAUAGUUUCCGAAACAAGCACAAGCUGGCGCCCAGACUACACCCGGUUGAGUACGACAGUCCGGCCGCGGAUGUCACAGGCUGAUUCUUGAGACGCUUUUUAUUGCUCGUUUACUCCUGCGGAUACUCCCGAAAUUAAAUCGGACUGUAGUGUAUCAUUCGACAGCUGACGGUUCAAGUCGUAUUUUUCUUGUGUGUAGUAUCUCCUGCCCCCUGUACAUGUUCUUACAGGCACUGUACAUGUCUCAUUUGACGGAGACUGCCUCGAUCUGUCGUCUUUUCUCCGUGAACAGCACCCGUCUUCACACAUCGCGUGUCACCCGGAGGAUAUCGUAGGUUGCGGUGAGUGUCCCCCUCUGCGUACCACUUUUUGACGUUGUGGAACAAAUGAUCGAGUAGCCUCUUCAGCAAACACUCUCCACAGGCUGUAUCUCCCGCCAAGCCUUCAGAUCCCCGGCAACGGAACCACACCCAGCCUGACUCAGCACCAGGGACAAAUAAAUGGACCAGAGCCAGGAAGGAGAUUCAUUCUGAUUCGCUCCAUUCUUGGAAAGGCGGUCGGCCGUCGUACUUUUUUUCGCCGGGAAAAUAAGUUCCUAACUCCCUCAGCAGCAGACCCUGCGAGCAUGUCUGCUGCGAUGGCCGCGUCUCCCGCGGUGGCUUCUGCCACAGACGCGCUGUGUCACCCUCAUCGCCGCUGCAGCGGGGCCGCCGGAGCUUCCUCCGUUAAGAAAAAAAGAGAGACGGCCGCUCUGUCGCUCUUCCAAUGGGCCACAGCGCUGUCAGAGCAGGCCGCGGGCGAAUCCGCCUCGCGGGUCCACAAGGAAAACGCGGCGCCUUUCGAAAGUUCGCUUCUCCAGCCAUUCUUCCCUCCCCAGGUUUUCCGGUCCUUCUCGAAAAGGUUGAGUGUCUCCAAAGCGUCUGAAGUGGACAGCAUGCCGCCUCUCAAAAAGGCGCGAAAUCAGUCGUGUUCUUCGCCGCGGCUUGCCCGCGCUGCGAGCCGCCUCGGUACUUCGAAAGCUGCCCAUGUGGCGAAGGCCGGUGGCCGGGAAAAGCGGACUGAGAAUAUAUGCGCGCUGGAACAGCCUGAAUUUCUCGAGACUCAUGACGAGGUACGCCCACAAACCCUUUUGUCUCCCAGCGAGGAGUCGGAGCUCGCGAGCGCCGAAUCCCACAUGAAAGGGUGGGUUCUGAGCGUGGCCGCCGCGGUCUGGGAGGUCCGCGGGAGCCGGUUGUCUGAAGCCUACGAACGGGAGUUAAUGAAUCUUUACGACCGGCCUGCAUGCGGAACCACAGGAGUUCGCGCCUACUUGAAUGUUGGAGAGCGCGACGCGUGCGCCGCUCUCCAUCAGGAAGUGCUCCGAUUGGAGCAGCGGGCGAACGCAGAGGCGGAAUUGCAGCGCGAGUACCUCACGCAAGUCCAUCAGGAGCAUGUGAAAAGUCUCCAGCGCCUGCGGACGGCGCUGCUAAGUCGGCAGCGGGAAAUGCGUGCCACUCUGCAGCAGCUCGCGGCGGUGCACCACCCCCAAAAGAGAGUCGCAGAGAAAGGCCGAGCAGGCACCGAACUCGUUGACCGGCUGCGAGAGCUGAUGGACGAACAGGAACGCCGCGUCACCUCGGUGUAUGUGCAGCAGGUGAACCGGCUGCAGGAGUCGCUCAACGAGUUGCUGACAAAGAGAACGGAUCGCGAGGGAAACUCCCUUUCUGCCCAGAAUUCGCAGAAAACAGCGCGAACUUGCGCGAACGGGUUGAGUGUGCAAGACUCUGCCGAGUCUGGCGCGGCGCUCUCUUCGGCGGCUCUGCAGUCCAAGCUGUCAGACAAACGCGGGAAAAGACAGAAACUAUCGUCCCCCUUCUGCAACUCCAACAGCAGCCUCAAACGACGCAGCGUGUGCAUGCUCCGCGGCCUCGCGUGCGUGACGCGUGCCGAUGCUGCAACAGCCAAGAAGAGCGGAACCUCCAAGCGCAUGUUAAGGUGAGGUGUGCGAUACGGAUACUUUGAGAUGGCAGGCUGCCUCAGGAACCAGGAGCUGCAGUCGAAGUCCGCACCGUUCCUCUCGGAUACAGGAAAGGAACGGCACGACUUCUGCAUGCGGCGCUUGAGCCGUGAGCACAAGUCGUGAAGGAACCAUUAGACCAGCGAAUGCAUCGGUGAGCAGGGUUUGGGGGGGUUCAAACUUUUUAAAGUGAGCGUGCAGCGUGCUCGCCAUGUUCAGUGAGAGGCUGGGAAUCGCUUUUUGGAGAGGGCAGAGAAGGUGUGAUUUGAAAACCUAGAAGGCGAUUGUCGCUUCUUAAGUGUACGUAGUUGUGUUCAACUCCGUGAACAGGCCGUCCGGUAGUACGGCUCACGUUGGAGGUUAAGGAACGUAGUGCUGUCAUUCCCUGUGAAUAUCGACGGUGUAUGCCUGGGGGUUGGUACUGCCAAGUGUAUUGUGGCAAGAUGCACAUCUAGAGAUGAAACGAAGUGUGCAGCGAGGAGUCAGCCGACGAGUUCGUCAGCAUUUCCUUUUGAAGGUGCGGGCAGAAAGGAGUUGAAGAAUGGCGACGUCGUAAAAACGCACAGACCUACGCCUUCAGUGCUAGCAAAUGUGUUUGUCGUCGUUGCUGGCAUGGCGACAUAUUGGCCAUGUUAAGACAAAACUAGACGUCGG